AUGUAGUAGACCGUUAUUUCCAGUCUAAAGUCAAUCUAAAUAGGCUCCAAAAAGAAAAUAACUAUUCCACUAAUAGCACAACUUCCUUAAGCUUAGUAAAAUGAAGUUUAAAAUUCUCAAUCUUAAUCUGGGGGUAGCAGAUUUGGAAGAUUUAAAAACAAUACAAAUACAAAUAAUGAUACACCACAACAAAGAUCAAAUAAAAAUAUUGAAGAGUAAACUCCUUAAUAAAAAAAAACGUUUGUCAGUUCAUUCAGAAACAAGUAAUAAACUGCUAUUUAAUAAUCGCCCAUGAAUUCCCCAUAAAAGUCGAUUAUUUCAGAUUAAAAGUCUGAGUAAUAGGAACCUCAUUCUAAGAAGUCUUCUUUAUUUAGUAAAAACAAACAAUAAGGUGAUCUAUCACCUAAAUCAGAAACCAGUGAAACUUCAAUUUAAUUAGCAUAGUAGGCUAGCAGAUCAUUUACAGGAAAAAAGAAUGUCCUAUAACCUGGAAGCAGAGUAGGUACAAAUAAAAAUAAUUCUGCUCUUCAUUAAUAAGCACCAAUUAUUGAAACUCAAAGAAGUGAAGAAUAUGAUGAAGAUGAAUUUUCUGGUUUAUUCAAUAAAAAGAAAAGAUCAAUUGAUCAACCAUAAGCAUAAGCAUAUUUGGAUAGUUAAGAUAAAUUAACCAAAAUUUAAGAAGAUUUGACAGAAUAUUAUCAUGAAUUAAUAAACGAUGAAGUAGAUAAGGAAAUAGAAAUUUAAAAGUUAUAAGAAGUCUUCAGAAUCAAUGGCAAAAUAAAGCAAUAUUUGGAAAAAAGAAAAAAGAUGACAUUUGAGGAUGUGCUUGAUACGGUUUAAAAUAAAAGCGCCAUCAAUAAUAGUGCUGUUUAUAACUCGAAUUUAUAAAACUAUAGUACUAUAUUACAUGAUGAUUAAUAAAUACUUAGAAUGAUUAAUGAAAUGAUUUAAGGAGAAGAAAACCAAGAAUCUUUUUAAAAAUCUCUUUUAAAACGAAAGGAUUACUUAUUUUAAUAAAUGGAUUAGAUGGAUGUCAGCUCCCCAAAAGUUAGUUAUGAAUUUCCAAAAUCAAAAGAUGAAAGUACUAUAAAAACUCAAUUCACUAGUUUACCAACCAUCAAAAGAAACACUUCAGAAUUCAUUUAAAAAGGAAAUAUAGCUGCUAAAAGAUAUGGAAUGAUAAUUGAAAUUCCUAUGAUGAAGUAAUUUUAUAAAGAUGGCAAGUUGAAUAAUUUGAUUUUUAAUUUUUUACUAAAAUUUUUUGAAGAAAAAUCUUACCAUCAACGUAAAAAUCAUAAUGUAUUUCAACAUUAUACAACUAAUAUUAAAUUGUUUCCUACUUAAUUUUACUAAACAUUAUGUUUUAAUUUACUCCAUUCCACCUUUAGAAUUAAUUAUUUUGAAGCUAAUCAAUUCACUUUUGAAUAUACAGGACAGGAUGAAACUAUAUUCGAUAUUUUCGAUUGGUUAGUUAUCCCAAUUGCCGAAUAUCCUACUGAAUAUUCAAUAGUUUUUGUUAAUCUUAAAAGGAAAACAUGUUAUUGCUAUUUGCUGUCAUCUCUCUCAUUAAGAAUCAGGGAUCCAUAAUAUAUAAAUCCAGAGAAGAAUCCUUAUAUGAAAAAUGUAAUUUCAUUCUUAUAAUAUGAAUUCGAAAUUAAAUUAAAGAAACCCAGAGAAGAACUAGGGAGAUUUAGUUAUCAAUUUGGAGUUGUGAAUGAUGUAAACAGUUUUGGUUAAAGUUUAAAUUUUGAUUAUAGUGGAUUAUAUGCAUUAUAUAUCAUUCUCCAUUUGGUCAAACAUGGUCACAAUUCAGAAAUUGUUGUUGAUUAAUAUCAAAUUUCAGUGUUGAAAAAGGUAUUCCAUGAUUUAAUAAUUAAAAUUGGAUAUAAUGAAGAUUAUAAUCUAUUUCAUCUACUCGAAGAAAAUUAAUUCCCUUUUUGA